UGUCUUUAACUGUUCCAGAUUCAGGUGUGUCUCCAGGUGCUGUAGCAGGGAUUAUUGUUGGUGUUCUUCUGGUGUCUGCAGGUGUAGCUGCAGGUGUGAUGUACUACUGUCGCCGCAGGACCUCUGAACUACCAAAAGAAACGUUGUCAGUGAGGAAGGGAGAAUCUGUCACUCUAAACCCUGCUACUGAAAUACAGACAGGUGAUGAGAUACAGUGGCUGUUUGGAGCUGGAGACACUCUCAUAGCUGAAAUCAAAGGAGAGGCCAGAGAGAUUAAAGUGCAUGAUCCUGAUUGGAGAUUCUUGGGCAGACUGGAGCUGAAGGAGACUGGAUCACUGACCAUCAGGAACACCAAAGCUGCAUUCACUGGAGUCUACACUUCGAAGAUCAGAAGAGGCAGAGAAACCUUAUACAAAAGAUUAAUUGUUUCUGUCGAAGAGAGUGAGAGAGAAGUGGCAAUGGGAGAAUCUUUCACUCUAAACACCGCUACUGAAAUAAACAAAGAUGAUUGGAUACAGUGGAGGUUCAAUAAUGAAAAGGAGGCUACUAUCAUAGCUGAAAUCAAGACCAGAAAGAUCUUCAAAUAUGAUGGUCCUGAUGGGACAUUCAGAGACAGACUGGAGCUGGACAAGGAGACAGGCUCUCUGACCAUCACAAACACCAGAACUGAACACUCUGGAUUCUACACUCUGAAGAUCAGAAGAGGCACAAAAGAAACCUUAUACAAAUCAUUCUGCAUUUCUGUCAGAGAGUGGAUGGUAGCAGAGAUGGAGGGAGAAUCUGUCACUCUAAAGCCAGCUACUGAAAUAAAUAAAGAUGAUUCGAUACAGUGGCUGUAUGGAGAUGAAGAGCAGCAGACUGUCAUAGCUGAAUUCACUGGAGAGACCGGAGAGAUCUUUACAUAUGCUCAUGUUGCUGAUGGGAGAUUCAGAGACAGACUGGAGCUGGACAAGACGACUGGAUCUCUGGCCAUCAAGAACACCAGAACUGAACUCUCUGGACUCUAUCAUCUACAGAUCAGAUCCAGCAGUGGGUUGUCAUACCAGACAUUUAGUGUCACUGUCAAAGAUAAAGUGGAGAAGAAAUUACUGAUAGGAGACGAUUCUGUCACUCUAAACCCUGAUACUGAAAUACAGAGAGAUGAUCUGAUCCUGUGGAUGUUUGGAGUUCAAGACAAGCUCAUUGCUCAAAUCAAAGGAGGGACUGGAGAGAUAUAUGGUGAUGCUAAUGAGAGAUUCAGAGACAGACUGAAGCUGAACGAAAAGACUGGAUCACUGACCAUCACAAACAUUGAAGCUGAACACUUAGGACUCUAUAAAGUACUGACCAUCAGCAGCAGCAGAGGGACCUUGUGCAAGAUAUUCAGGGUUUCAAUAAACUUGAGCUAUGUGGAAAGGAGGAAGGGAGAAUAUGUACGUCUGUACACUGGUCUUACUGAAAUACUGACAGAUGAUGAGAUACAGUGGAUGUUUGGAGAUGAAAACUCCCUCAUAGCUGAUAUAAAAGGAAGGACUGGAAAGACAUAUGAUGUUCUUGAUGGGAGAUUCAGAGGCAGCCUGGAGCUGAACAAUCAGACUGGAGAUCUGACCAUCAAUAACUCUACAGUUAAACAUGCUGGAGAUUAUAAACUAAAGAUCCGCAGCAGUAAAGGGAAUACAAACAGCACAUACAUUGUUAUUAUCAAAGGUGAGUCGCUCCAGUCAAUGUAAUAAUGAUCAC